CGGCCAACUUCAGCUAACUAUAUUAGUCAUCGCUGAAACUUCCCUUCAAAAGUAUUAUGAGCGAACAAUCGCCAUUGCAUUACCGACUGCAUCAUUCCACCAUUUUUAACUUACAAGCUUGUCAACUCGAAUGGCUCGAAGUAAAUAUUAUUUCGAGUCCUAAUUUUUGUCAACAAAAAUGAAUAACAUCGAAAUAGAAGAUUUUUAUCAUCACGAUUUCACGACUGCUACAGAAUGGGAAGUUUUUAUUGCACGUUUGGAAGAAAUUAUGCACGAGUGGAAAGUGUCAGACAAAAGAAAUGGUCCAGCUUUGAAAUCCGGUGAUUUUAUUCAUUCUCAGUGGAAAAAUAAUAGGGAAAACAUUAAUUUUGCAGAUGUUGAAUUUACAUUCAAACACUUCAGGCUUAUAUUAGAAAAUGAUGAAAGUAAGGAAAGUCCAUUGGAAGAUGAUGAUGAGAGAACCGAAUGUCAGAAAGAUAUAUUUGAUUCAUCGAAUGAUUUUGUUCGUAUUGACCAAGAACAUUUAGAAAUAGCACCUUAUUUUGGAGUCAGAGAAUUUCUUGUUUUGGUUCCGGGAAAAAGACAUUCUAUUAUAGAAGAGACACGUAUGAAGAUUUUAUUAAGUUCCAUUACAAUUGCUGCUAAUAAUACGAAUUGCGAAGUACCUAUCUUUGUGCAAGUGCAAGAACCAUGGCAAAAAAUGUAUCUUGGUACAAGUGUUGGUAGAGGCAGUUCGGUUAACUUCGAGAUGGUACAUCUGAAGAAGAUACCACCGCAUUGUAAAUAUCUUACUGGUUUACUUGCCGUAUUCAAACAGAAGAUCACAGAAGGCUGUGGUGUGAGGUUAGAUCCAGUAUUAGUUUCAGUAAGAUUUUCAUAUUUAUUGAGGGAUUGGACAUGCAGUACUUGGACACAACAGCCUCCUGAUUUUGAUUUCAUGCAAGGAGAGACGCUUGGUGUAGCUGAAUUAGGAAAGCUUCCAUUUGGAGCAACUUUUGAUCCUAUUGGAGAACUUCAUUUGUAUACCACCUGGCCUAUAAUGUCAGAGCACGUUGUAGUAGAUAGCGAAGGAUUCACUGACUUAGAACCACAGUUAGCACCAGAGUGGUCUGUUCAAGUUACAAUGGUACCUUCGCCUGCUUGUUUGCUUGGAGAUUAUUUAACAGAUUUUCUACAUCUUUGUAAUGAUCAAAGAGGCAUGGUUGAUUUAUUAGGUGAUAACGCUAUGUUUCUUGGCGACGAUGAGAGCAAUUUGAGUGCUGCAUUUAGUAUAUUAAGUGAAUCAAAAAUUCCUACAAUUUCUUCGGUCAUCGGUAAAGGAAACACGAAGAAACCAAAGAAUGUUGAAGGUCCUAUUUCUGAAGAAAUAUUGUUACCUAUAUUGUAUUUUCUUUUCCCCGAUACUGAAGAUAAUCCUAAAACACCAUACGGAGAUAUGAGUAUGUAUUACGAAGAGGAACAGUGGAAAGGAGUGAAGACUUGUAUAAUUGACAGCUUGAUAUGGCGUCUUGCAGUCGUAGCCGCACAUUGCACACAUAAUUUAGGAGGAGCCACAGCAUUAGCUCAACUUUGGCACGAGUUCGUUAUGGAAAUAAGAUUUCGUAGAGAAUCGGAUAUACUUAUACCAGGAAUUGCUCCUGGUUUUCCAGACUCCGUUAGAACUUGUUUGUUACAUCAAAAGUUACAGAUGAUGAAUUGUUGCAUCGAAAGAAAGAAAGCUAGAGAAAAUUCGAUUAAUAAAUCACAGAGUGUAGAAUACGAAGACUUUGAAACAGAGGAGGAAGAAUUUUUUGAAUGUACAAGCGAAGUAUUAGAAAAUGCAGGAACGAAUGCACAAAUAAAAGCAAAACAUUUAUUAUGGAAUAAACCAGCUGGAAGAUCCGCGAAACAUUCAUCAUUGAGACUAUUACAAACAGGUGAUCCUCUUUAUUUACCUGUAACGCAAGAUCCUGUUCCAAAAACGGAAGACCAAUUGGAAGAAGACGCUCAAGUAAUGAUGCAGCUGGGAACCGACAAAAAUGCGUCGGAAAUGCGAGCUCGUAUGAUGAGCGCUUCGUUGCUUUCCGACAUGGAAUCUUUUAAAGCUGCUAAUCCAGGUGCAAUAUUAGAAGACUUCAUUAGAUGGUAUUCUCCUCGUGAUUGGAUUGAAGAUAAGGGAACCAAUGAAUGGGGUCAACCAAAUGGUCAUCUCUCACCAAGAAUGUUAAUUCCUGAGAAUGCAUGGUCAACGACCUGGGCCUCAGCCCAACCUGUACCAGCUCAUCGUCAAAAACGAUUAUUCGAUGACACGAGAGAAGCUGAAAAAGUUCUUCACUUUCUAAGCUCCAGAAGACUCGGCCAAGUCGCCAGACUUCUUUUACCAUCAUUAACGCACGCCGCGCUUUAUACUUUGAAUUUACAAAAACAAGAGGCCUUGCCUAAUUUACCGGACGUUGCACAAAGUAUAUUAAACAAGUUGCAAUACGUUACCAAACCGCUUCAUCAAAAAUUACAGCUCUACGAGGAAAUAACACGCGAUAUCGAAGGCGUAGAAGCUUUAGUCGCGCAGGUCAACUCAUUGCAAUUGAAAUUAGGGGGAAGCGAUGAUUCUAAAGAAUUUACAUCAUUUUUAAUAGAAUUAAUGAGAGGAAAGGAAGUUGCUGUACCUGAUGGAUCAAGAGGAAAUAUUGGGGCUCGUAUAAUGUCAAUGUUUCGAGAUGCUCAGAAAGCUGCGCAUAUGAUGACCACGGUAGGUACAAGUCAUGAAGCGGAUACAAAUGGAGAUGGCAAAUACAAAACAUUCCCAGAACCAUCCUGGAAAGAAUUUAUUUUACGAGCUAUCACUCCUAGACCUUCGGUGGUUUCAUCGUUACAACCUCAAAGGAUGUACGCGUGCCUCCAUCGAGAUUCCAUUCGUUUAGCUGGCUCAUUUUCAGAGGACACUGUAUUUAUAUAAUUCAUGAUGAUUGAAAAGAGCUAAUUGAGCAUGCAGACGUAAGACUGGAUCUUUAUCGGUGUCUCUUAAAUGUAUUAAAACA